GCGACUCUCUUUUCCUCCCUGGCUGUUUGAGGGUCUACCGCCAUCAUGAAUGACACAGUCACCAUCCGGACCAGGAAGUUCAUGACUAACAGACUGCUUCAGAGGAAACAAAUGGUCAUCGAUGUGCUCCACCCUGGGAAGGCGACCGUACCCAAGACAGAAAUCCGGGAGAAGCUAGCCAAAAUGUACAAGACUACGCCCGACGUCAUCUUCGUGUUUGGGUUCCGAACUCACUUCGGCGGUGGCAAGACAACAGGCUUUGGCAUGAUUUACGAUUCCUUGGACUACGCCAAGAAAAACGAACCCAAACACAGACUCGCAAGACAUGGCCUGUAUGAGAAAAAGAAGACUUCGAGGAAGCAGCGGAAGGAGAGGAAGAACCGGAUGAAGAAGGUCCGGGGAACUGCCAAGGCCAAUGUCGGAGCUGGCAAAAAGAAGAAAUGAAGUGUCUAGCAGGUACUGAGAUUGUAAGCACGGUGUGGGGAUGCGUCACCUUCACUGAGUUUGCUUUGCAUGUUAGCGUUUGUACUUCAGUUUGGUAGCGUGAUCAGAUUGAAUGUCAAUGCCGUUUUGAGAUAGUUAUGAGCAAAGGAGAAGGGCUUGACUCGCACUCACCUGGGAGGCGCAGAAGCACAUGGUAUGUGGAGAGGUGCCUCACCAGAGGAAGAUGGGGAGCACUUGGGAAAUGGCGGGGUGUUCAGGAAAGGCUGUAGUUAGUGCUGGGGCUUAUUCAGGGCAUGUGACCUUGGGCUGUUGGCCCCUGGGCUUGGAGGGUGUGUCAUACUGGGGCUCUCGGAGGCCACAGCAAGUUAAUUCUAGGGCAGCUGUGGCGGAAAAGCUUGUCUGCACACCUGGCAUUGCCUUCCAUGUUCUUGCAUAAUGUCCAGGUCUCUGGUGCCACCUUUAUCGAGCUGUUUUUGGGAUUAUAAACUCCCAUCAGAGCCUGUUAUAGCACUAACCAUGAAUGUCUUGUUCCAUAUUCCCUUUUUGCUUGAUUAGCCUGAGUGUGCUAAGGGUCAGGGUGGGGGCUUUUGGCAGACUGCUGCUAGCAAAGUGGACUGUGGCCACCAACUCCCCACCAGCACCUUGGAGGUGUGUGUCAGGAGAAACUGCACUGCUAGAGCGGCUCCCUGGUGGGACAGUGGGCCUUUGAGUCCCACGUGUAUUGGGCUGAGCCGUUGCCAGUCGGGCAGGUGCAGCUCCCUGGUCCCACCGCGGACAGGAAAACCAGUUCUGCCUGGGCUGGUGCUGGGCUCGAUCGCCUUCUGUGUGCAGUGUGGUGGUUUUAAGUAGUCUCCUUUUGAAGAGCAAUUGCAGUGUUUGCUACAAAGUCAGAUCUUACCUUUUAAAUACUUGCUUGCACUACUUCUGUGGUGUGGAUGCUGACUUUGAAAGUGUG